GUCACGUGGUGAGGGGCGGCUGCGUGUUCUUUAGAGGCCUGGAGUCGGGAACAGCGCCAGUUUACAUCGCACCCGCCGGGACAUGGGCAGUGCCCGCUUUUCCUUCUUUCUGAACAACCGCACACUCCGAGCACGCUGAGGAUGCCCUUGUCGAGCCGAGCCCGCAGCAGCCGCCUAACCCCCGGCGAUGGCUGACAGCAGCGGAGAGCUGCAGGGCUUCUCUCUCGCUAAUCCCAUGGCCGGGCUUUGAUCCGAGGAGGAGCAACCGCUUGCAAACCAUUCCCCCCAGCACCACCACCACCACUUCCUCCUCCAUACGCACACUCAGACACUCCAAGCCGCCAUGGAACGAGCAGCUCCUCCAGCCAUCAAUCCCAGCCAUGCCCACCGACUGGAGGGUAACAUGAUGAAAUCCCCUCCCUUCUGUCUCAAGUCUGGCAACGUCAAGGUCUCCCUCAAGAAAUGGAGCGUUUGGGAUAAAUUUUAUAACUUGGGCACCGAGAUGAGGAUGUCUAAACGUGGCAGGUUUAUGUUCCCAUACUGUGAAUAUUCUGUUUCUGGGCUGGAUCCUGACAAGAACUACAUCAUGGCAAUGGAUAUCUCUCCAGUAGACAACUACCGUUACCGUUAUAAUGGGUGCAAAUGGCAGAUCAAUGGAAAGGCAACCCCACAUGUGACUGGGAGACUUUACUUCCACCCAAAUGGCAGUGUUUCUGGGAAAGAGUGGAUGGUCAAGCCAGUGUCUUUUGCCAAAAUGCGAUUAACCAAUUGUCCAACUGCAGAAGAAGGUAAUGCAAUCCUUCAUUCCAUGCAUCGAUAUGUCCCCCAGUUGCACAUCAUUGUGGCUGAUGGAAUCAUUGAGAAGCUAAACCUGAAUGAUCCUCGGGUCUACACAAUUGUCUUUCAACAGACUGAAUUCUUUGCUGUGACAAAGUAUGAAAACAAAUUUAUCAGGCAGCUAAAACACUUCUAUAAUCCUUAUGGUACUGCACUACGAGAUGUAAAGACUUCAAAGCAGGAUGUUGGUAAUAGUCAAAGGCCUAGGAAACGAUGUGAAAAAAAAACCCUCUACCCUGCCGAAAAUAUGCACAGUACCGUGUCUGAUCAAGAACCGAAGAAGGAACUAAAAACAAUAAUUCCUAUAAAGGAUGGUGCAGCAAGAAUCCAGGAGAGUAUGAAUAAUCGAGGGGUCACAAAAGAAAUGAGAAAAAUUGUGGCUGUUGAAAAUGUAUUGCAAAUGGAGGGUUCAUUCAAUUUAAAAGGUUCUCUCGGUGACCCAGUGGAGAUUGGAAAACUUGAGCAGAAAUUGCGGAAUGAUUUGCGUUGGAAUGGGAAGCAUGAAAUCCUUCACCCAGCACUACGCGAAUUUGGAAUAAAACUGAGUGAUCUCCAUCUCACUGAAUGUAUAAAUGUGGAACAUUUAGGACUGGCUUCCACGCAGAAUGUUGAAUUGGUUUCUUCUUUUCCUGUAAAUGAAUCUCAUGGGAUUCGAGAAACUGGAAUUCCAUUUAUCUCCCGAACAGGAAAAACAAAUGAUCUCACCAAGAUUAAGGGUUGGAAGAACAAGUUUAACCUGCAGCCUGGGUCACCUGAAAACAAUCCAAGUCCGUCACCUUUAAGUGUCAGCCCAGCGGUUAUUAAAAAUAGAUCAGCAUUUGUUAGCGACUUGCUUGAUGAGUAUCUGGAGAAAGAAGGGAAGAUCAUUGAGCAGUCACUCUUGUAUGACUACAAGAUACCAGAGAUUGGUUGUCAAACUCCAACCACGUUGGACCCAUCAUGCAAUAUUCAACAAAACACUACUCGUUCACCUGACUUUGGUGCACCACUGAAAAAUAAAUCUUCACACUUGGAAAUGUCUCCAGUGUUAGAGAAGCAUUUUAGUGUGACAAACAAAGGCAUUUUCAUCAGAGAUAUACAAAGCACCAGUGUGGACGCGAAAGCUAAGUGUACAAAACAGAAGAAUGACAAUUCGGCACCUAAAAGACCCAAAAUAGCCAGUCAAUAUGACAAUAAGACACAAUUAGCCAGUAACAAUAAAGAAUCUGCAGUUUGUGCCACAGCUCCACAGAAGAAACAGCUGAAAUCAGGUUCCACAUACCUUAAGGUUGUUCCUGUGGCAUCAAGUCCCAACGGAGGAAAAAAAUCCAACAUUUCAAUAAAUCAAACUGAGACAAUUUAUAUUUCAGAUGAUAAGAAUGCUGAGAAAUCAGAACCAAGAAACCUCCGAAUUGAGUCUACUUCCCAAACCACAAUAGAUCCAUCUUCAGUAAUGGAGCAUCCAUCAACAACAACAAACCGAUCGACUGCUUCAAAGGUUGUUGAAGUCAUCUCCUACUGUAAUUGGAAUGAAAGUCGUGUUAAGAUUAUUAAGUUAAUUGCUGAGUGUGCUAUGGCCAAUAAACUUCCAUUGAUACAGCGAUUGGACAAUUACGAGAUUAAUUUGGAAAAAAGUGAUGGAACUUUAUUUCCACCGAAGAAGAGGAUUGAUGUGAGAGCAACGAUCCAAAAUGUCUCAGAUUCUGAACAUGGAUGUAUUAGGCCCCUGGUGCAGAAUAUGGUGAUUGAAGCUGUGGUUGGCAAUUCUGCCUUCAAAACAAAGCUGAAUAAUUUAAUAUCCAAGGUCUCUAAAGACAGUUCUAAGCAAACAAAAGUCGAACAGCUUGAUUCUUCAGUUCAUGUUGUAAUGGAUUUAGAGAAAAGUGUCUCCUCACCAGAAAAGAGCCCAAGUGAAACCAGUUGCACAACCAACCCAUCCAACAGACUUACUGCAGAAGGUAAAGCUCAGUCAUUUCCAGUGAUUACAGCACAGAAAAGGGAACAAGGAGUUUCCAUUGCAGCUACUGACACUACUGUGAAAAAUGUGUCCAAAGCCCCCUCUCCUAUUAGAUCUGCAGUCACUACAUUCCAGAGAAUUGGGGCUUUGAGUACAAUCCUGACCAAUACUACUGCAACACCAACUCCAAACUGCUUUAUGAAUUCUGUUGCAUCUGGAAAUAAACCUGAGACAUCAGCUGCUCCUACAACCCGUUACCUAUUGUGUAAGACUAAUUCUUCUGGAUUGUCUUCAGGUUCACCUGCCUCUCUGGAUCAAGAUGGCCGCCGGCAAUGCAUUGCUGUCCCAAACACACUGAAACUACAGCCAGGAGACAAUCUGAUGCUUCAGCCUAUCAAGGCUGCUGAUGGCCGACAAUUGUACAGACACUCCAGUGGGAAAAUAUUCCAGCUAGUUUACACAAAGACUCCAGAACAAACACCAGUGCAACAGCUGAACAUUCCCCAGUCACCAAUUCCAGGAACAAAUUCAGUGGUCAAAAUCGUCACAUCUACAGUUACGACUUUGGAAGGUGAUGCUAACACUUCUCUUUGUAACACAGCUGCUACAAAUUCAGAACUGUGUACCAAAACCAGUUUAUCAGAAGCAAGUGUUGGAAGAUUGCACAAUUCCACAUCGCUAUGUGACGUAACUGCAACAAAGCUGCAACUUCAGUGUGUCCCUGCAACUUGGACAUUGGUAGAUCAGCUUUCUCCAUCCCAGUCAUUACGUAUGUUUCCAGAGACCACUACACAGGCUGAGCAGCACGACAAUAUCAUUCCUUUGGCUGAUUGUCAAACAAAAGCAAAUCUUGUCAAUUUAAACAAUGACAUGUUUGACUUGGAAAUGAAUCCAGUGAAAUCCUCUGAACAAGGGGAAUGCAAUCAAAGAGCGAAAACUAUUAACACAUUCCCUAUGAAAAGUGAGACCAUUACAGUCACUGGAGCUUAUGAAACAAAAUGGGUGACAGAGGAUAGUACAUUUGGAGAAGAUUGCAAAAGGACAGACAGCAUGGAAAAAUUUAAAACUCAGUUUAAUGCAAGCAAGCGAAGUGAAGCCCAUAUUAAAGUUGAGCGAGAUUUGGCUGAAAUAAAUGGUGAUGAGCGCAUGGAUUCUGAUGGCCCUGAAAUCUGCACUGUUACCAUAAAAGAGGAGCCUUUGAAUGAUGAGGAACACAAUAGCUUUACUGCAUGGAGAGAAGAGUCCUUUAGAAGCUCCAAGUUCUGGAACCGUUCAUUCAAUUUAAAUACAGAAGCUGUGACUGAAGCUGAGUUAGGUGUGCAGACUCAUUCAAGCAAUAGAAAUAGAGAUGGGGUUGGAAACCUGGUGUCAAGUUCAAGAAUUCCAAGAAAUUCGUUAAUUGUCAAUAAUCCUGCAGUACCGCACAGGGGAUUUUUCCAGAAUUCACAAUCAUUCAGCAAUUCAACGAAAAGAAGGGUAUACGAAACCUCUGUACUAUGUGAAGCUAGAAAGAAGGCGAUAUUACACAACUUGAGAGAACGAGAGUCACGCAGAAUGAUGGAAAAUCGUUUUAAAGUAUUGAAGAACAAACUUUUUGAUGACAAACAAAUUGCUUCAAAAGGUGCCAUCCUUGAUGAGGCCAUAGAUGUAAUCAAUAACUUGGAUAGGCAGUCCAAAAAUCUAACAGUGGAGAAGGAACUACUGUUAGGAAAACAGAAAAUCCUGUUAGAAAAGAUCUCGCUAUUAUCUGCUGUGUCUUCCCCAGCAGGGAUGGAACCUGUUGUAACACAAGAUGGCAUUGAAGCGGGUGAAAUAAUUGAAACCGGUGAGACUUUGAGUUUCUCAAGUGGGAGAGUUUCCUCUUCCCAGAACUCCUUUGGAAUGAAAUGGUUUGCAGAAGGUGGUCCUGUGAAUACUUUGGAUGAACAUGGGACAAAUUGUGGAUUAAAUCUAAAAUAUGAGGUGAACUCAACUGGUUCCGAUGAUAUAGUUGCUGUCAAGAUCGGUGACUACUUCAAUGAAAAAUGUAACAGUGAACUUGACUAUUCUGGCAGCACCAAUACCUUUGCAGUGAAAAGAGAAGGAAAUCUUAGCCAAGAAGAUUGCUCCACUGUCAGCUCAGUAAAUGAAGAAUAUUCUGGAAGUUCCAGGUUUUGUAGCCUUUCAGAUUUCAGCACUGAUAUGGAGGCUUUGAAUAAAAUGAGCAUGCAGUGCAGUGAGCCAUCUAGGGGUUGGAUAGCCAACAGGAAGGCAACAUCACACACAUUGAGAGAACGAGAAUCACGCAAGUUGAUGGAAAAUCGUUUUAAAUUAUUGGAGAGCACUGUAUUCAAUGACAAAAAGGCUCCAAAGGGUGCCAUUCUCACUAAGGCCAUUGAUGUAAUCAGUGACUUGGAUAUGCAAUCAGAAGAACUGUUCAAGGAAAAGGAGCUGUUAAAGAAAAAGCAAAAAAAAUUGUUAGAGGAAAUUUCACUUUUAGCGGAUACAAGAUCUGAUGCAGUUGAGGACCAAGCAGAAGAUGGGCACUUCUUUAGUGUUAAGAAGACCUCGGGGGCAAGAGGAUUAACAUUUCAGAAACCUUCUGAACCACAAUGGCUUGAAAGCAGCAACCCACCUGACACUGCAGUAACGAAAGGCAACAUGGUUUCUGCUUUAUCAGAAAGCCAUGAUACAGAUUGCAUAGGAGGACCUGACUGGGAGCAAGAUGAAUUAAAAGCCAACUGUCUUUUUCCACCUAAGAUUGCAGGGGACCUCAAAGAGAAGCAUUACCAGGAACCACCGAAUCCUGAUGGUUACGAUUCCACUGCUUUAAGAAGAAAGAUUUUUAAUGGUAAAGAUGAAGAUGCUCUCUUCACUGUAGGAAGAGAGUCGUCCAUUGGGAGCUCUGACUUUGGCAGUCAUUCAGAUUUUGAUAUAAAUGCAGAUGAUGUGAAUGAAAUUGAUGUGGAAAUACUGAGUCAUUCAGACGCUGAAUAUUUUGAUGUUGAGAUGGAAGAUGGUGAAGUAGCUGAUGAAACUUCAACAGCUGAAAAAUUAUGUGCACCUCCCAGAUGGCAUUUUCACAAUUAUUCUCAAUCUCACAAAUUUUCACCCAAGAGAAAGAUUUACAAUAUGUCGGAGCUGAAGAAAAGCAGAAAGAAUCCACUGCUGCACACAUUGAGAGAGAGAGAGUGGCGCAAGCUUAUGCAGAAUCGUUUCAGUGAGUUAAGGGAGCUGCUGUUUGAGGAUGAACGCGUUUCAAAACGUGCCAUUCUUGAUGAGGCCAUCAGUGAAAUUCAAAACUUGUGUCAGCAAGGGCAUAAACUCUAUUUGGAGAAAAAGCUGCUGAUGAAAAAACACAAGGCAUUGUUAAAAAUAAUCGCUGUACUCUCUGGAGAGAAGAAAGUUAAAACUCAGAAAAGUGAUGCUGCUGUUUGUGGGAAGCAUAGUGAGAAUUACGAUCAUAACAGGACUCCUGUUUCUCCAGGGCCAUCUUUAAUGUCGGCUGCAAAGGGGAACAAUGAGGAAUCUACACUAGUGCCAAUAGCUGGAACUCCUUUUCGUCUUCUCCUUGAGAAAAUUGCAGUAUCCCCCCAUGGUGAGGAAUAUGGAGAAUGGGACACUCGUUCCCAGACAGAGGCUCAUGGCACAAAGGAACUACCACCAAGAAGUCUUGUCAUACACCAGCAAGAAGAUGCACAUUUGGCUUUCUUAGAGGGUUAUUCACAAAUGACAUCAUCAACACAGCCAAGAGAAGAAACGCAAAGGCAGAAACUUCCAGAAAGAUUGGAAAAAAUUUCUGAUACAGCAUCAACAGCCAUUGAUGUAGCAUCAAGAAACCUUAAAAUUGUGCAGGAUGAAAAGCAGUAUGCAAAUGCAAUGGGCCUGAAUUUCAAAUCUGCAAAAGAUCUGCCAUCAAAUGGGGAUGUUAAAAAGUCAUCAGAGGGUGCUUUGUAUUGGUCAAAGUCAGUAGAUAAGGACAGUUCUGCAGAGUCGAUUGAAAAGAGUCCAAUAGAUGCAAAAUCAGCAGUAAAAGGGAAACUGCAGGUUAUCAGAUCAGCAAAAGGGCAGGACAUUCUUCAAAAACUGGCUAAGAAGGUGCAAGAGGCUGGAAUUAAACCAUGGACGUGGAAAUCAAAACGUGAAGAUUCAGAAAAUGUCUCACAAAACUUGUUUGACAAUGAAAGCAAGUUGAUGCAAUGUUUCCAAAAAGCUUCCACCUCCGCUAAUGAGAGUUCUAUUGCCCAGUAUGUGUGUACAGAGACAUCUAAUCUCCUUGUGAAAGACAAAAGCUUGCAUAAUCUUUUGCCAGGCCAAACAUUGAAGCAUCCUGCAUCAUUGAACAGUGGAGGUGCUGAUCAAUUGGAGGCUGAACUAGACUUGGAUUCAGUUUCCUCAGAUGGUUCUACAACAGCAACAUGUGCUGUCAGGGAGCCAAAAAUAUUUAUAUCUUCCGUGGACAUUCAUUCUGCCAAUGAAGCAAAUGCAAAUGGGGGCUAUUUGUUACUAGAUUCCACGCAGUAGAAUUUGAAAUUAGAAGUCUCUGACUGUAACUGUCUACACUCUCUUCCAUUGCUGUGCUCAUGAUCUUUCCAUGCCUUAAUAGAAAGACUUGUCUGAGCAAUAGAAGGCCAGAACAUUUGGGCGGGUUUUGGAAUAACUGAGCCCUAACCAAGACAAGUUUUGAAAUCUAAUUGCACAGACUGUACCCUAUGCUAAUGUUGGAUUUGAUUAACUCAAAAGUUUACACACAGCCCUUCUAAGCUGUUCAAGGAAGUCAUGCAAUAUUGCCUCCUUGGCCUAACAAGGGCCAAGUUUUCUCAUUCUCUCUUCUCAUUCUUCCCUCAUUCAGCAGAAAAUGAGAAUGGAAAGGAUUAGCUGUAUGAGCAAAUAAAAUUGCAAGUUGUAGAGUUGUUGACUUUGCAUUAACACUAUUGAGGAAGGAGGGGUUGGAAAUUGAUCCAGACUGGAAUUGCAGUGAUCAAUGUGAAGAGCACAUCCCUGAAAAUUAGAAUAUCUGUCAGAGUGUUUGUAUUUAUGAAGACAUCAACAGUAAUAAAUUCACUCCUCCGUCCGAUCCCACAGAGGUCAGUACUUGAGGCAAUCUACUUACUUUACAAAAUGUUCUUUCUGAUGUCAGUGAGAAAACCCACAUUUUGCUUUGUUAGAAAACAAGGCGUUAGUGCUGUUUUAAGGGAACAAGUUCACUUCAUGUGUUAAGGUCUGAAUUUCUGAAGACUGGGGCCCCACUGUGGUAGACGCUGAAUUGCUUGCUCUGCACAACCUGGAGUGACAGUGGAUAAAUCUAUAAUGUUGAAAUGUGCAUAAUCUUUUAUAAAAUUGGACUUUAUACUUCACAGUAUAGGUUGGAACUUCAGUCCAAAUUUAACCAUGGUCUUACAUGGAAUGAAUACAUUUUGCAGAAAAACACAUGCGCAUUUCUUUCCCAUGUAUAACAGUUUGGUUUCCAAUAUUUAACACUUAGCAACUAUUUUUCAUUUGUACUUUCACCUCCAGGUUUUCAGUUUGUAUUUAAAAAGUUUUGAAAUCUUACAAUAAUGUUAAAACCGAUGACAGGGGAGACAGAGUCUUAAAGUUUGGCUCUCUUCUAAAACAACUGCUUGUGGAUUCUGAUGGAACAAAACUGGUUAGGGACUUCAAAUAUAUAAUUCUGCAAGAACCAUACAAUGCACAGUUAUGUAACAAUACAGUAUUGUGGGAAUCUUGUACUGUGCUCUGAAUAGCUGUUCUUGGGGCAAUAUAUAACUGUUCAAUGUACUUGCACUUGAUUGUGAAAUUAGUCAUUUUCUUGUGAUGUUGAGUGGUUGGAUACGAAACUAAUUUCCUCAUGGAGCUGGUGACUCAUCCUGGCAAAGCCUGGAGUAGUGAAGAUCAGUUGCAGCAGUGGAUGAUGAUAAUAACUAUUCUGAAAUAGCCAGUAAUACGCUUAUGGCAACUUCGUUGUUGUGAGCUGUAGGUAUAAAAAUCCAUUUCUCUCCACUGUAUUGUUUUGGUGCAUAGCCCACGUAUCUGAGGUAUGUGGAGAAUUAUGUUAAUAUCCUUACAUAACAGAGUUCAGUGCAGAGACUUCAAUCUUGUAUCCAGCAUCUGUACAAACCUGUUCUAAUUAUUUGAACUGUGGCUAUGAUAUCCUUCAUGUGCCCGUUUCUUGUAGUCUCACACCUGUCAUUCAUAUAGACUAGUCAUCUUUCUAUUUCUGUUUAUUUGUUGGAUUUCUGUUUUCAAUUUGUGGGUCUGCAAUUUUGAGGGCUGCUGUUAACACUUACCUCAGAAAUGGGCAAAUCCCAUGUUAGGAUGCCAAGAUUGCCUAUAAAUACUCAUAUAUGCAAAUUGUUGAGAACUGGGUGUCUACAGGAUUCCUUGUUUUGUACUUUUACAGUCCAGUAAGAUGCCCUGGGCAGCUGUGGGUAUAAUGCUUUAUUAAAGCAAAUUACUGUAGAUGUCUGAAAGAAAAACAAAAUAUUGGAGAAACUCAGCAGGUCAGCAGCAUCUGUGGAGUGAGAAAUAGAGUUAAUAGUUCAAGGUCAAUAUUAUUUUUCUCCUGGAGAGUCAUAUCGGACUUGAAAUGUUAAAGCUGUUUCUCCUGUCUUCUCUCUCCUAUUCUGUCUCCAUCUCUCCAUGUCUCUUCCCACCACCCACCUCACACAGACUGCCAGACCGGCUGAAUUUCUCCAGCACUCUGUUUUGAUAGUUUAUUUCUGUACUUUGCCAUUAGCUCUGCUCCUUUAUUUAUUACAGCAGAUUUUAGAUGCUGGGUAGGAUAAUUGGUCCAAAUGAUAAAUUAGGAUAUCUCAUUUGAAAAAUACAAUUUGUUUUUGUUUGAAAUUUCCAUUUUGAGUCUUCUCACUGUGCUGUGUAUUUCACUAUAUGCUGCAUACAUUUCAAGGAUUAACUUUCACUAGAUUUUAGUUUGUUGCAUGGGGUGCACGUUUGGCCGCAUAAUGGAUUUGACAAGUCGGUGAUUUGUUCUACCUCCUGAUAAUUUAGGCUUCACUGCCAUGAGGAACCUUCCUCGGAUGUUUUUUCUCUCCUCCUCCAAAAAGCUUUGGCUUUUUAAAAAAAAUGUUCUGUGAAAAUGGCCUUUUUGUUUGCUUGUUUAGUAUUCAUUUGUCUAUUUCGUGUUUUGUCUCAAAUCCUUUUGAAAUUACAGACCUGACUUAACAAUGGUAGAUUUAUUACAAUGGAGAGGUUUGGAAUGUGACAAAUUUGUGGAAUAUGUAAGAUUUCAAAAAAGAACUCCGAGGUCCUUGUACUGUUUCUAAGCUAUGUUAUUUCAUAGGAAUAUAGCUGAAAAAAAAGCAAGACUGGCAGUAUUCACUUAUUUGAAUGGGAACACUACAAUAAAGUUGUUAAAUAGAUUUGCACAACCAACCACGACACUACUUUAAGUGCUAGUCUUCAUGUCCCUUCUGGUUGUCUGUUACAUGAAGGUUUAUAAUCUGGUGAGCAGUUGAACAUUUAGAAAUUGCUUCAAUAUCAGGACUGGUAGCGGUUUAUUUUAGGAAAGGAAAUAAGUCAGAAAUGUCUUAUUCUUUUACUAGCAAAAUUAUGUUGACUUUUCUUCAUAUCAUCCAUCAAAUAUUCUUUUCCAAGAGAUUUGAGCCAUAGGCACUUAAUGUAAUAGAAUCCAGCUUUGAUAUUUGUUUUUUUCAUGUGUUUCAUGUACUGUGUUGUGGGAAGAAUGGCAAUUCGGAGCUGGUUUGGAGAGGUGCUACAGGGUAGCAGAUGGUUUCUGCAAUAAAUCAUUUUGUCCUUACCCAACGUGAAAAUAAACAAUUAACUGGUUACUGUUGCCAUCCUUGCCAGAAUACAUCGCUUGAAGCAGAGUGGGCCUCUCCUGAUCAAGUUGGGCUGUGGGGAGAUGGAGAUGCAUUUGCCGUAAAUAAAAUGUAGACUUCCCACCCCUCUCCCACCACCUCAAUUUGUAAAACUUAAUUAAAAAAUAAACUUUGGAAUAGUACAUCAGGAUCUAUAAAGGGAAACAACAAGUUAAGCUCUUAGUUCUAUUUCUAAUUGGUUAAUUAACAGGACUAAAAUUAAUGAGAUUCAGGCCUCCAUUCUGAAAAUAAUCUACAUCCAAUAUAAUUGUCAUUUUUCCCUUAAAGGAACGGUGAAGCUUGAAAUAAUCGUUUCUGAUCACUCCAGUUCCAUCACUACAAGUUAACAUUUCCUUCCUAUUUUUAAUGUGUUGCUUAGGAAAAAUAUUCUGACAUCUGCAUCUCCAGAGACUGCUGGAGUGCCCCAGCCCGCCAGCAUUGUUCUGUACCUUACUUUCCCCAUUGAACUGGAUCUGUUAUGGGAAAGCAGGUUGAUUGGGAGAAGGAGCAGUUACAUUGACACUGGGUGUUGCCUUUAUACCAUGCUUGAAUUUGAGCUGCUGCUGGUGAAAUAUAAAAUUGUUACUUAAUAUUUUGGUACUGUUCAGUAGGAAAUGCUCCCACCAGGACUGAUCCAAGUUGACCUUGUUUCUUUGAUAGGAUGUAACUGCGAUGUAGAAUACUAUUUUUACCCUUGUUUUGGAAUGCAGAUUAGAUAACAGUCUGUCCAGCAGAGUGUGUCAGUCUGCAUAAAUUCUACAAAUCAAUGUUAUAAAGCUUUCAGAAGUUCUCCCUGCGCUCCCUUUGGGCCUUGGGUAUUGCCAGGUUUACAGCCCUUUACUUUUGCUUUUGAACAUCCAGGAAGUCUAGAUUUUUCUUCAUCCCACUUGCAUGUUUGGAACUGUAUCAGAAAAUGCAGAGAUUCAAACCUGGCAGCUUAAGAAAACAGGGCUACCAAGUUCACAAGAUAAGUGUCGUGUUAUAUGUACUGUAGAAGUCUUGUCUACUUUCAGUAGAUAGUUAAAAGAAUAAUUUUGGUUCUUUAUUUUUGAAGCUUGUCCUCACAGUCAGACUUCACAUUGUUUACUCCAUGCUGGAUGAAAGAAUAAAUACAUCCAUGAUGAAAGGACUCCAUCGCCUGCACCUUUGAUUAACCUGUAGGGAAAUGUGGGUUGGGAUACAAUUGCAAAUUGCACUCUCUCCUGUCUAAUGGUUGGCAGGGUGUUACAGUUCCAAGUAGCUUUUUAAAGCUGAGUGCAUUCAGAUUUGUCAUCAAAGGGAAGUAAAUAAAUUAUUGUAUCAGCGUUGUUCUGUUGCUAAUAUUCAUCCAAGUCACAGGGUCAUAAAUCUAAUGCCCAAUGCAAGAGUUUGAGCCCAACGUUUAGUCUAACCCUCCAAUGCAUUUUGCAGUGAGAAAUUGCAUGCUGUUCUGGAUGAUGUUCUUUCUUCAACCAGAAAUUGUUCAACAGGCUAUUAAUCUUAUUAUUUGUGGGAUCUUGUUUGUCCAAAAUGGCUGCUUUUGUUUGCCGUCAUAACAAUCAUUGCAUUUCAAAAUUUAAAUUGUGAAACACCUGAAACAUUGAAGAUAUGUAUCAGGGUGCAGUAAAAAUUCAAGGUUUUUUUUGUAAUUGUAACAUAUAAGGUAUUUAUCAGUGUAACUAAUUAAUGUGUUGCAAGAAUUCUGUGAAAAGAUGUGGAUAUAAGCUAGGCUGUGUGAAGGCUCCAGAGCAUGACUGAAUCAUUUAAUGAGGAAAAGCGGAAGUUGCUCCUUUAUAGUUACUACUUACAAGCUGUAGAAGACACAACUUCCAUUAUUUUUAAAACUCAUGGUGUGUUAAAAGUGCUCGAUCACAUAAUGGAAGUUUUUCUUUCACAUUGUUGUAGUUCUUUGUGACAAUGGAAUGAAUAUCUUGCUUUUUUUUAAUAGCAAAUAUUGAUUUGCUAAUGAAUUUAUUUGAACCUGUUUGUAAAGUAAAACCAGUGUUAUUUGUAUUUUUAAUAUUUUUCAAUGAAAGGUGCAUCACCUAACUGGUGAGAAUUAUUUUUAGUAUGAAUACUCUGUAAAUACAGCAAACUGUUGCAAUUAAAAGCAUAUUUGCUGCAAA